AUGACACUUGUUGCUCAUUAUGAUAUGGAGCUUCAUAAAAUGGAUGUUAAGACCGCAUUUCUCAAUGGAGACAUUGAUGAAACAAUCUAUAUGGUGCAACCAGAAAACUUUGUGUCAGGAGACUCAAAGAAUAUGGUUUGCAAACUGUCAAAAUCUAUUUAUGGGCUCAAACAAGCUUCCCGUCAAUGGUAUCACAAAUUUCAUCAAGUGAUUCUAUCGUUUGGUUUUGAAAUGAAUGCAAUUGAUGAUUGUGUGUAUCAUAAAUUUAGUGGGAGAAAGCAUAUUUUUCUGAUUUUGUAUGUGGAUGACAUACUGCUUGCCACAAAUGAUAUAAGCAUGUUGCACGAAACCAAGAGAUUUCUAUCAAUUAAUUUUGAGAUGAAAGAUCUUGGUGAUGCCUCAUUUGUUUUAGGAAUUCAGAUUCACCGAGAUCGUUCUCAGUGUAUUCUUGGAUUGUCACAAAGAAGCUAUAUUGAUAAAGUACUUAAAAGAUUUGGCAUGCAGAAUUGUAGACCAAUUGACACCCCUGUCGCUAAAGGAGACAAGUUCAGUCUCAAUCAGUGCCCAAAAGGAAACCUUGAGAUUCAAGAAAUGCAAAAGAUUCCCUAUGCUUCAGCUGUAGGGAGUCUAAUGUAUGCUCAAGUUUAUUGGAAGAUCAUAUCUUGUGCAAUCUAUCUAAUGGAUUCUGGUACGCUUCUGCUAAUCUAUGGUUUAUUUCUCCACCCUAAGAUCCAAGCUGUGGUCUCUGCUAACACCCGAGCACAGAUCAGAGAUCCGGUUCUCAACAGAUGGAUAUGGCAGCUACGAGAUGCCAUCGAUGAGGCAGAUGAUGUUCUUGAUGACUUUGAGUACAUGAAGCUUGAAGAACAACGACAGGAUCCCAACUUGGAGAGACUGGAGACAAUUGUGAAGAAACUUGAUAAAGUUUCAGCUGAGGUCAGCACUUUCUUUCCUCUCAUCGAAAAGGCAAAGCAGGAGCAGCAGGAGCUGGAGCUUCAGUUGUGCGAAGAUCGUAAAACAGGAUGCUUGCCUCAAAAUGAUUUCAUCGGUCGAGGCGAGGAGAAGGAUUUUGUUAUGCAGUGGUUGAGGAAGCCAACAAAUGAAGAUCCAACUCAUAUUGCUAGCCCUACUUUGUACAAAAACAUUUCUCUUCUAUCCAUAGGCAUGGGCAAGACAACUCACUUACAACACAUCUAUGAGGAUCUUAAGGAAGAAUUUGAACUGAAAAUGUGGGUUUGUGUUUCCAACCACUUUGAUGCAAAAAAGAUCAUUGCCGACAUGUUGGGAUUUCUUAAUAAGGAGAGGCCUCGUUCGGAGUCACUCGCUUCUGUUCAAGAGAGUCAUAAAGCUGCCGUGCAAUCCAAAAAGUUCUUGCUUGUUCUGGAUGACAUUUGGGAGGAAGAUAUGAGCAAGUGGGAGAAUUUCCUCUGCCCUUUGACUAAUGGAAGUUUCGGAAGUAAGAUUUUGAUUACUACUCGAAUGGAUGCAGUUUCAUCGGUGAUUGCAAAAGUUAUUAAAAAGAACAUGGAACCAUUGAGAAUAAAAGGCUUGGAGGAAGAUGCGUGUUUGAAGCUACUCAACACCCAUGCAUUUGCUGGUGAUCUCCGUUGGCAGCGAAGAGCAGUUAAGAUCAUCGGUGGUGUUCUCAAUUCUAACUUGAAUGAGAGCUUUUGGAUGAACAUUUUAAAUAGUACUGAUGUUCGAAAUGUCGAAAUAGAACUGGGUCACAAUAACAUUUUGCCUAUAUUAAGAUUGAGUUUUACGUUCCUCCCACAACCUCUAAAAAAUUGUUUUGCAUUUUGUGGCAUAUUCCCACAAGAUCAUCAGUUUGAUAGAGAUGAUUUAGUCCGAAUGUGGAUUGCAUUGGGUUUCAUUCAGGAAUCUUCUAUUGAAGGAGAGACUUUGGAAGAUAUUGGAGGAAGCUAUUUUGAUAUUUUGGUCAUAAAAUCUUUCUUUGACAAGUUUCAGGAUUACCAGAGAAUAUACCAUAAGAUGCAUGAUUUAUUACAUGAUUUGGCUCACUGUAUUUCUUCAGAGGAAUGUUUCGGAUUUGUGGGAGAUAAUAUUUUAUCUUUUAAACUUUCUAAAAAUGUUCGACACUUAUUUGUUAACACUGAAAAUCUAGAAGUUUUGACAAUGAUCAAAGAUGUCAAAAAUCUACAUUCACUUUUUCUUAUCACUAAAACUAAUGAUCAAGGUUUUACUGAAAUACUUACUAAAAUUUUUGAAGCAUCGAGAAGGAUUCGUUUGUUGUUCAUAGACUCUUUAUGGCAGAAUAAGAUGCCUGAGGCAAUUAAAAAUCUGAGACAUCUUCGAUAUUUGAAUCUUAAUGCAAACCUCUGUCGGAUGCCAAGAUCUCUAAGCAGUUUAUAUCAUUUGAAGUUCGUAAUUUGUAUGAAUUUUGCCUUUGCCUCUGAUGAUUUCUUGCCUGGCGAUGUGAGUAAUCUUUCUAAUCUGCGUCACUUGGAGUUGCCCCUAAUUGGGGAGUUGGAACAUAUGAGCGAGUUGCGCGAAUUAAAAAUACAUUUUCUGGAAAAUGUGAAGGACGCUGGAGAGGCUCGCAAUGCAAAAUUAUUUGAAAAGAGAAAACUGACAGAUUUAUUCUUGAAUUGGGGCGAUGAUGAACGGAACUCAGACAGGGGAGUUGGAAACCUACGGAACAUUGUCAAUUCUGACUUGGAUGUGAAUGUGCUUGAAAAUCUUAGACCAUACAAAAAUCUAAAGAGUUUGUCCUUAUUUUCAUACAAGGGUGUAAGCUCUGCAAAAUGGAUGUACGAUGCAGAUUUGAUCUCCAAUCUAGAGCAUGUCAAUCUAAACUGGUGCUCGGAGUGGGAAACCCUUCCUCCUUUUGGGCAGCUUCCCCACCUCAAGUCUCUGUACCUUUGUAAUAUGCCAAAGGUAAAGCAGCUUGAUAAUAAAUUCAGUGGGAAUAACAAUAUUUGUGUGUUUCCAGCGCUGGAGGUUCUACAUAUGGAGGGAUUACAAGUAUUGGAGGAUUUGUUUGAUAAAGCAGGAGCAACAUCAGAUGACUGUUUCUUUCCUUGCUUAAAGGAACUCUUCCUCGUUAACUGCCCAAAUCUGCAGGAGUUGCGCUAUUUGCCUCCUAAGUUCAAGAACAUGCAUGUAGAAAAAGUUGGAUGGAAAGCUGCUUUGAACUGCAUGCAAGGCUCCAACAACUGUUGCAGCAUUUCAAAAUCCAUUCCCCUUGAAAGUUUAGAGGUCCUUUCGUGUCCAAACAUCACAUCUCUUCUUCAGGCGGAUGUAAGACUUGAAGCACUAAGACAAUUGAGAAUUGAAGGUUGCCCCAAUCUGAUUUCUCUGGGUGGACUGCAACAAGUGGAGAGUGGCAUUGAGAAAUUCCAGCUUUUUCUCAGUGAAGUUGUUAUAGAUGACCCAUCUUUGUUGCCAAAGGUAAUUAUCGCCUCCUUGGAAAAGCUCACAAUUUGUAAUAAUGAUGUGCUGCUUUCUUUUACAAUUGAGGUAGAGCAGUGGUUUCCGCAUGUUAGCUCUUCCCUUCGUGAGUUGAGCUUUAAAGGCCUCAAAUCCCUGCAGUCUCUCCCUUCUUCCUUGGAAUGCCUCUCUUCACUUAAGAUUCUACGUGUUGAAAAUGUUCCUCAGCUCCAGCAGCUUCUACACAUCCCUGCCUCCCUGGAAGAAUUACAUCUUGAAUGCCUGGAAUCAUUGCAGUGCCUGCCAACGUCUUUGUCGGCCAUCUCAUUUCUCAAACGUCUAUGGUUAAAAAGCAUUCCACUCCUGAAAUCAUUGCCAGACCUCCCUUUCUCUUUGUAUUGUCUGGAUCUAAGUAGUCUUGAUAACCUACAGGACCUGCCAUCUUCUAUGUCAGCCAUCUCAUCCCUCAAGCAUCUUGAUUUAGAUAGCAUUCCACUCCUCAAAUCAUUGCCAGAACUCCCUCCCUCUUUGGAUUAUAAUACUAGUGUUAUCCAGAUUACUGCUAAUCUUGUCUUUCGUGAUCACACGAAACACAUUGAAGUGGACUAUCAUUCUAUUCAAGAAGCUUAUGAUAAUGAUGUUAUUUCUCUUCCUCACAUCUCUUCUGAUAUUCAAACGACUAAUAUAUUUACUAAAGCUCUUUCUCGGCAGUGUCAUCAGCUCUUUGUUGGAAAAUUGAUGCUUUUUGAUCUGUCAACAUCAAUUUAA